CUUAUCAGCUAUGGGCUCUCGCUCCUUCGUUUCAAGUCGAAACCAUUGGUCUUAGUAUCAGUGCGACCUUAGCCAAGCGUAGUGUUCUCGAUUGGAAACAACGGAUUCAAAAAUCAGUAUGCGCAGUUGUGUGUUCAACUGAUAGAAUGGCCAAAACAAAGUGGAACCUGUUGUUUGCGACCUUCGUUUUAUCCGGCCUCUCACUGGCGACGCUUAUUGUAUCGUUUUGUACGCAACAUUGGGUCGUCUCGGAAGCGUCUGAAGUAACUGCAUACAGGAACAGCGAGAUCCACUAUGGUCUUUUCGCUGGUUCCCUCACGAGGAACGUGCUUGCCACCCCGGUAGGCUUAGACCUCACAGUUAUCUGCAUGUAUGAAUACAAUGCUUGCGUCUACAGCUGUCAGAAAGAUGAAGCAAAACGCGAGAUCGAACUGCAGGACAUGAUGAAUGGGCGGAAGCCAGCGGAGUGCCCCAUCACCAGUUCUCAUCUUCAGUCGAAAAUCAUCCCGUCCUCUGUGAGAUAUGCUUCACCUAGGGCCGCUUCGAAGGAUGCAUUCAUCGACGCUAGUCUAUGGCUAACCACGGUGAUACUUCUCGGGAUAGCAACAGCCUUCGCCGGGGCCUCCGGAAGCUUCUCGAUCAUCAACGUUAUGUUUAAUCCAGUGGAACCUAUUUUCAGCGUGUUUGGUCUGUACAUCUGGAACGCAAUAGUUAUCAUAUCGACCUUGCUAACCAUGAUCAUCUGGGGAGCUCUGUUUGGAUCAUCUCUUGUGAAGAAUAUUGCCAUAACCGAUACACUUACUCCGGAGGCUCCAUACAGUUCGACGGGUUUGGCAGCGCUCGGGGCUAGCUACUGGUUGCUGUUCCUGCCGAUGCUGUUCCAUGCAGUCAACACUGGACUGCUGCUGUGGAGGCAGUACCUGAUCAACAGGGAACCACCGCCGACCACUAUUGACGUGGAUCGGUCCGAUCUUACUAUUAUUAUGUAUUAGUGUUCGAAUAAAGUUGUACAAGUGCAAUUCAUUCAAAUGAAAUACAUGCUGUACAGCGAUUUGUUCAAUUGUUCAACGCAUAGCUGAGCAAAUAAUGAUAUUUAUUUUGUAGAUAGUGGAUGCGAUAAUCUUCAAGUUGUAUGAUUCACUCAAUAUGUGUACAUUCUGUCAAAUAUAUACAGGGAAUUUGCUAUUUUAAAUCUUCCCGCUGAACAUUUUUUUAAAGUUGGUACUA